UCUUUAAAACUACUCCAGCUCUGGCUGCAGGGAUUGAGAGCUGCUGAGGUUUAAUGCUUCAGCACCUGCUGCCGCUGGGGGAAGCAGCGUUGGAGCUUCGGCUUCUGGUUUUUCUCCUGCCUUGGGUACCACACACAACCGCCACCGUGUCUCGCCAACGAGCCAAGAUGUCCAAGGUGGCCAAAUACCGGCGACAGGUCAGCGAAGAUCCAGAUAUCGACAACUUGUUGUCUACUUUGUCUCCAGAGGAGAUGGAAGAGCUGGAAAAGGAGUUGGAUGUGGUGGAACCGGAUGGAAGCAUCCCUCUGGAGCUCGGGCAGAAAAGCCAAGCGGAGAAUUCUCCGUCUGGCCCUCAAAACUGCGACGGGACGCUCAACCACUGCGAGAAGGAGACCAGGAGAGUUCUUCAGAGGGAACAAUCCGUAGAUGAAAGCAGAUUGAGUGAGAAGAGUAAAGGAGACAAGAAUGAAGAAGGAAAGGGAAAGGAAUCUCCUUCCAAAGACUCAGCCCAGAAACGAGAUACAAAAGUGGGGAAAGACUCUAAAAAGGAAGAAAGUGUUCAGAAAACAGACCCAAAGGUUAAAGCUGAGGCCGAGACCAAGAGCAAAGAGGAGAAGGCCAUCAACGAUAAAGUCAAGGCCAUGCAGAAAAAGUUGAUGGGGAAAGAGAAAAAGGAGGAAGAGAAGGAUUCGAUCUUGAAGAAGGACAAAAAGGAGGAGGGGAAGAGCUCAGUGUUAAAGAAGGAUGCAGGGAAGGAUAAAAAGGAGGAAGAGAAGGGCUCAGCUUUAAAGAAGGAUGCAGGGAAGGAUAAAAAGGAUGAGAAGGACCUGGCAGCAAAGAAGGAGACGGGGAAGGACAAAAAGGAAGAGGAAAAGGGUUCAGCGAUGACAAAGGGCACAGGGAAGGACACAAAGGAGGAAAAGAAAGGUUCAGGGUCACGAGAAAAAGACACAAAAGGGGAAGAGAAGAAAGAGAAGGAGAAAAAAGGAGAGGACAAGAGCUCAGCUUUGAAAGAGGCCAAAGCAGACGAGAAGGAGAAACCGCAGCCCGAGUCGGUGAAGGCGGCAGAGGAGAGGCAGGAGGCCAAGGCGGCCGCCAAGCCCAGCCCCAGCAGCUCCUCGGAUCAGGCCGACGAAGCCUCCAGCAUUUUCGACGAGCUGAUCGAGAAGGUGAAGAACAACGACGCCGAGGUGACGGAGGUGAACGUGAACAACUCCGACUGCAUCAACAACGAGACGCUGGUGCGCUUCACCGAGGCCCUGGAGUUCAACACCGUGGUGAAGCUCUUCGCCCUGGCCAACACCCGCGCCGACGACCACGUGGCCUUCGCCAUCGCCAUCAUGCUGAAAUCCAACAAGGUGCUCAAGAGCAUCAACCUGGACUCCAACCACAUCACUGGCAAAGGCAUCUUGGCCAUUUUCCGGGCGCUGCUGCAGAACGACACGCUGACCGAGCUGCGUUUCCACAACCAGCGGCACAUCUGCGGCGGGAAGACGGAGAUGGAGAUCGCCAAGCUGCUGAAGGAAAACACCACCCUGCUCAAGCUGGGCUACCACUUCGAGCUGGCCGGCCCACGCAUGACAGUCACCAACCUGCUGAGCCGGAACAUGGACAGACAGAGGCAGAAACGCCUCCAGGAGCAGAAACUGGCUCAGGAGCGCGGCGACAAGAAAGAUCUCCUGGAGGUGCCCAAGCCUGGAACCCCGCUGAAGGGGUCUCCUAAACCAUCCCCCCAGCCGUCGCCCAAGGCUUCCCCCAAAAGCUCUCCCAAGAAAGGGGGGGCUCCCUCCGCGCCGCCCCCGCCACCGCCGCCUCUCGCCCCGCCGCUCAUCAACGAGAACCUGAGGAACUCGCUCUCGCCCGCCACGCAGAGGAAGCUGGGAGACCGCGCACUGCCGGCCCAGGAGAAGAACUCACGGGACCAGCUCCUGGCAGCCAUCCGCUCCAGCAACCUCAAACAGCUCAAGAAGGUGCAGGUACCGAAGCUGCUGCAGUAAGGAGCCGGGAUGGCUUUUCCCCCGCAGCCCCCAGGACACUGCGACUGUUUCCAUGACAACGCCGUCGGGAGCCUGCGCGACCGAGGCCGAGGAGCAGCGAUCCCUCCGGGACAGACGGACGCGGGAAGGGCCGGGGGCCCGCGGGGGGUCCGCGGGGGGUCCGUGGGGGUCUGCGCGGGCCCCUGUGCGCGGCGCGGGAGGAAGACGUUGUAUUUAUUGUUGAUAGGGGUCGUGAAGCCUUCGAUGUGUUUUGCCAGCACCGAGCCCCGCUCCGCCCGGCCGCGCCGCGGGAGGGGCUGAGGAGUGCCGGGGGUGCGGGAGCGGCCGGGGCACGGCGCGGGCGGAGAAGGGAGAGAGGGGGACGGAGGCCGUGGGGAGAUGGAGCAGGGGGCUGGGGGCUUCAGCCGGGGACCACCGGGGUCCCCGGGAGUGCCACAGCCCCGCUCAUCCAGCAGCGCUUGGGAAAUGGGCUUCUCAGCCCAGUUCAGGUUCGAGGGGUUCCCCCCUCCCACCACCUUCUCCAUGCCCCAGCGGACCCCUCUGCCCCGUGUGGGGACCCUGGGGGAGGAGGGGGGUGCCCUGGGUUACGGGGGGUCGGCACCGUGCUGCCCCCCUGCCCACCUGCCCACCUGCACCUCGCGGGCACGACGCGUUCGACUGUGGCCACUGCAUCGGCAAUAAAGCUUCACCCCACGCUUGCCCCGCCUCGGGGUGGCACGGGACGGGGGGCACAGCGUGGCAGCCACCGGGACCCGGCCCCCU